AUGUGGUCCGUGCUGCAGAUGGUAGCGGUGCUGGCACUGUUUGUGUUGGCCGCGGCGAGCACGUCGACGUCGGGAGCACACCGCGGCCCCCCGGACCACGCCCCCUCGGGCCACGCCCCCUCGGGCCACGCCCCCUCCCUGGAGCCCGCCGACGGGCGUCGCGGCGCCCGCGCCUUCCGCAUCCCCGCGCCUUACCGGCCGCUGCUGCUGGCCGGGGGCGGCUGCCGCCAGGGCGAGAAGUGCGACACGACGCCGCAGCACACGCAGGAGCUGAUCGAGAAGUUUCUGAAGGAAUUGGCGGCAUCUACGCGCGACCGACCACCAGCACAGGUUGCUACACCAAUCAGGGACCAUGACAACAAGAUCGACCCCGGGAAUCGACUGCGGCCAUCGACCGAGGAACCCACCAACAGGUUGGCGAGCCUGUACCUGGACAAUGAGGAGGCUGCUGACAAAAGCAGCGGCAGCAGCAGCAGUGAGUCCAGUGAGAGAGACACGGGCCCUGUCGAGGGUUCCAGUGAUGGCGACGGCGAGCUGGGCUCCAGCGAGCACAGCUGGAGUUUGCUGGAGUCCAAAAGCCACCGUCAUCCCUACGACGAUCGUGACGGCUGGGUGACGCUGGAGGCAGUGCCCUGGGCCGCUGCCAAGGUCGCUAAAUGGAAGCCCAACCCCGGCCGCCGACCACCCUGGGUCACGCUACAGAAUAGCUACGGGGGCCAGCAGAGCAGUCCCCCCCACGACCGCUGGGACCGACCUCAGCCGACUUCCGUCUGGCACCGACCCGCCCCGGAGCACCCCCCGGCUGUGAAGCCGUCACUGCCGGCAGACCCUUACGAAUACCUGGCGCACCACCACGGCGACAUCGUGACCGACGAGCGCCCCCUCCACCGGCCCCCCUGGGCGCCCCCUCCCGGCAGUGCCGAGGUCGGAGAGGGUGGCGGCGGCCUCUCCCACCCCCAGCAGCACGGCCCUGCCAGACCCGGCUACGCUUUCCCAGCGGAGCCCUCGGGGCCGGACUCGCUCCACCCGCACCACUACCGUCAGCCGCACCACCCCCCCAGCUACCCAGGUGAGGCGGACGGUGAGUGGGUGCUGCUGUCCAGCACCAGGGGCUACUCCCUGCCGCCACACCGCCGCCUGCACCAGCGCGCCGUCUCCUUCAGUGCGAGACCCGUCACCCUCAGGAGGUCGGUGCGGCUGACGGUGCUGCCUGCGCAGAACGGCACGACCGACACGUCGACGUCGCACGGCGGCCUGCUCGAGGUGCACAGCUCCUUCAACAGCGUCGAGCAGGACGUGCACGACCGCGAACACGACCAACAGAAUGGCCCGGUCCCCGCACAAGACAUCCCCGUGUUCACCGGCUUGCCAGCACGUCCCACUCUGGCGUCUGUGCCAGUAUUGCAAGGUGUUGGCAGUGGAGCCAACUUGACAACACAGUUUGGCAUCCGCCCACUACAGCAGCAGCUCGUGCACGUGGUGUCGGGUAGGAAGGGCACCAAGCCGAAUCCGGGCCGUGCACUAUUGGCAGCAGUAGGUGCCGGGGUGUUACCUGCUACCGUGGCCAUGUUGGUACCCCUGGCACUCGGACGCCGAAGGCGGAGGAGCAUCUACGGAGGGGAAUACCCCAGUAAGGACUGGCUGCUUGUUCCAGACACUACCACAUUCAGCAGGGAACAGACUGCAUCAGCCAGGAGACCAAAUCAACAUCACCAGAAGAGGUUCUAGCUGCUAUCACCACGUGUUCAACAAAUGGCACUGCUGUAACUCCGUCAUUAAUGAGACAUUGUGUGGCGUUACAGUCAAAAGAGGUCAUUGGCAAACUGGGUGCUGCUAACAAACAGUGGAUGUUACUAAGACAUGAAGGUCCUCACUAGCAAAAUAACUCAUCAUUUUUGGAGUUCCGUGCUCAAGUUGGUAGGCUCUUUGGGUUGUCUGAAGUAUAGAGUUCCUAAAUUCAUUACUUCUCCAACAUCGUGGUUUUGUAUCUGUCCCUUCCCACCUUCACCCACACACAUGUGUAAAUGUAAUUUAGGUAUCAUAGUAAGUUCAUUAUGUGUCAUGAUCCCUCAAAUAUUUAAUCUCAAAUAUUCAGGUAGAUUACGUAAAGCAGCGAGGAUAAAAUAUUAUACAGUUGUGCUGGAAUUUAUACUUGUGGUACUUCAUGGCUCUGGAUGCAACCACUUUGACUGCAGCAGGAUUUCCAGCCACUCAGCCAACCGCUGGACCUCAGUUUAGCAUUAUUUAACCAUCACAUCACUUCACCUUAUCUUCUAAACUUUCCACUCCUCUCACACAAUUUGUUACCAUCGAUAUUUCACCUGAUAUGCCAGUCUCUCCUUUCUUCCAGGAGUGCGGGGUACUGCAAUGAGAUCGUCUAUCAAAGUUUGGAAACAAGGACAUAUUUACUGGCAGUAGUGAAACUGUUAUCAAUGGUGCCCAGCCAGCCUAGUUGAUAAAAGCAUUGCACAUGAAAGGCAAGUUUCCAGGUUCCAGUACCACUCCAAGACACAGUUUUAAUCUGCCAGGAAGUUUCAACUCAGUGUGUACCACACGUCUAUGAUGUUUCUUCUGUUGAUCUCAAAAUUUCAAAUGCUUGUGUGUUGUUACCAUCUGCACUGACAAAAAAUGUGGAGGAUUACCAAAAACCAAAACACAAACUGGCCAGUGUAACAUACCAACAGUCAUAAUAUCAUAUACAGAUUGAUCUAACACUGACUCAACACCAUCUGUCUCUGUCUCUAUUGAUCCAGUUAUCAACGCACCACUAGACCUAAUUUUUUUCAUUUCCCUGCACCAACACCAGUAUUAAGCUAUAAGAACAGAUCACUUUUUACACGUGAAGGGGAAAAAAGGAAAUGUUUAAGAGUUGCAUACAAACAAUACUCAAGAAAAUAAUUAAUGCAUCCACUUACCUGGUGCCAAAACAUGCCGAUGGGGGCAUUUAGUGCUUCCGUAUGCAAUUAAAAGUGGACUCCAUCCUCAACCUUUUUGAAAAUGUUAUCAGGGUAGAUAGGGAAUACAGGAAAUAGGUGAAAGAGAUGAUAAUCAGUUCUGGAUGAUGACAGCUAACAUGUUCAAGAAAGAACUUUGAAUUAUCAGCCCUUUUCCAGUAAAAUAUCACAAGUACUCAGGAGUAAACAUGCUAAAAUUAUCAUCCUGUCACUCUCAUUUACAUUUUGCAUGUUUUUCUCCAAAAGUCACUGCCUUCAUAGCUUCAAACAUCCAAUACCUCUCUAUCCUCUGUUCCGUACUGUGCAGUAGCUCUCUAGCGAACAUCCCAACCUCCACAGCAGCUAGUUUGUUUCUGUGGUCCUUUUCCUCAGCAAGUAUAUAAACAUUUGUUUUAUAAAUUCAAACAUGUUUUCCUCUCAGGGAAAAAUGGUUUAGCUACAGCCCAGGAAAUGUUUGCAGAAUUAAGUUCAGAUUGAGCUAUUUUGGAAACUUCCGAAGAAACUAAAAUUGGUUAUCAAGCCAGUACUCAAAUACAGAUCCUUCCCUUCACAGGCAGUCCUCAUAUCCACUGAGAUAUCCAGGUACAACUCACAAAUUCCAUCUGCCAGUGCAGACUUUCCAAAGCCCUGUAAACCUCUUCUACUAACAUAACUGGUGUGCAUUUAAUUUGUCACUGAUUUUAUUUUAAAAACCAUGUCCCCAAUUUGCUACUGCUAACCACUGUAAAUUGUAGACAUUCCAUCUAGUUUGCUUUAUGCAGGCAUUUUACAAUGCAUCUCCAUUGUAUUACUGACCUAGUGCAAGUGACGCAGUGGGUACUUUCAAAGUCAAUGUUUAGUAACCUGUUCAUUAGAGUUUCCUUUUACCACAUAUCUGUCAAUCUUUAGGCACUUCCUUCAGGUUUUGGUUUGUAGUUCAGAUUAAAUGAAGCCUUUAAUACCAAUUAACCAACUUACAAUCAAACCAUAACCUCUGAACGCAAUCUAGGCCUCAAGCUGUGCUACAGAUCAAUAUUCCACCACAAGCAAGAUUUCUUAUUUCACAUUCAUUGACUUUGUCAACUCUCAGUCAGAUUGCCACCUUUCAUCCUAAUGUAGAGCUCAGGCUACACUAUAGAUCAGCUUGCCACCACAAUCUACAUACCAAAAAAUAAUACAGAUACAAGAAAUAUUUCUAACUUUUUAGUCUCUAUUCUAUUCCCAUUUGAGUAAGUAAGAUUUCAUAAGCAAUGACAUCCUUAUAUCACACGGUGAAGCCAACAUGCAGUACUGGUAGGUUCAGUUGACCAUACAGUUCCAUACCCACUUUUUUGUAAUCAGAGUUAAUGAUUCCAUGAGACAAAUAUUAAAAUGGCAUGUCCGAUGUCUCACAAAUCAUAAUGAGCACAUUUUACAGAAGAGAUGGUGAUGUAUAACAAGAAAGUUUCCAACUUAAAUGCCUGGUUACCUUGCUAUAGUCUGUGACUAUUCCAAAUGCAUUGAUAUAUUGUGUGAAUGCAUUGUUAUAUUGUGUGAAUGGGUAAUGUAUUUAAGCUUCUAAACUUUCAGUGUACUGCCUGCUUUUGCAUCCUUUACUCUUUUUAAUCUUGUAUGUAUGCUGUUCCAAUUAGUACAGUUUUCCAAAACACUGCCUACACCUUCAAGUUAAAACAAAUACAAGCAAGUUACCAAUCUGCCAUAGCAGUGAUGGUGAAGAUCGUAGAAUUGUAAUCACAGCUGCUGCUAUGGUUGUGACUGUAGCUUGUCUCUAUGAUCUGUAUUUAAUACUAAAACCUGCACACCAAAGCAACUGCCUCAGAUUUUUGUAGGUUACAGACAAGUAGAGUGCACUGAAAAAUUUCAUGAUUUUCACUAUUUUGCCACCAUUUUCCUCCUUUUCAUGAGAUUUAUUUAUAUUCCGAUGUACUGUUGUACUAUUGUUAAGUAUUACAUGUUUUGUUUAGCAGUAGUAUUUAUUGUGUGAGGAACAAGUUGAGUGUGGAGAGAUACGGGGAGAGAGAGAGAGAGAUAAUGCGUGUGUGUGUGUGUGUGUGUGUGUGUGUGUGUGUGUGUGUGUGUGUGUGUGU